GUAUCUUUGAAAGAGUCGAGUGCAAUAAUUUGUUAGUUGGUUGUGGACUUGUGUUCUGACUGUUCUGACCAAUUUUUAAUCUUCUCAUACAUCCUUGAUCGCAUGAAAAGUCUGGUUACUCUGCCAUAAUAGAAGGGGUGUGUUUAGUUUAGUGUAGGGUUCUUUUUUGGGGAGUGGGAACAAAUAAGUUUUACGGAGGGGAGACUUUUGGGAAAUUUAUUUUCCGAUAAGUUUUACUGUGAGCGUGAUUAGUACAGAGUUGAAGUGAAUUUGACCUCUAUGGUGUAAGUGGAGCUGUGUGAAAGCUUUGUUUUGACGAUAAAAACUGUAAAUAGAAGGUACAAUAAAAAGGGCAACUUUGUGUAAAAAGUGAUCAACAAAAUCCGAGUUCGGUACAAACUCUCGCACACACACAGUCAAUAAAAUAUACAUUGCCGUGCUUGUUCACGUGUACCAAUUUUUUGCCAAAUUUUCCAGUACAAUUGUCAAUUCCUGACGUAACAUUACUCAUUCAUGUAUAGUUAUCGACUGUUCUGAUUUUUUUUAGUGAACAGCGUAAUUCGUAAGUCGCAAUAUACGUCAUUUUCAACUUAUCUGUGCUUUUGUGGUGACGUUAACGUGUUUGCUGCUGCUGGAUAGUUAUGAGAUGAGUCUGCUGCCUGGAUAAUAUGUUAUCUUUCAUCUUUAUUUAACCGGCUACUCCUCGAUCCUCCUGCCUGACUAAUCCUCCGAUGCUGAUAACAAUGCUGCGAUGUGCCAAUAAAUAAAGUGGUGAAAUAAAGAAGAAUAGUUUACUUUGUGCAUGGGCGACGAAACUACGUAUUAAUAUCUACAUGCACUAAUUGUUUAUCCGUAUUAAAUUAUACUGAACGUGCCUGUUUGUGCCGGAGUGCAAAAAAGGUUUUAUAGCGUUGGAACAUUUUAAGCCCAGAACGUAUUUUCCCUUUUGAAUGAAUGACCCCAGGAUGAGGGGAAUCAACGAGUCACACUACGCCGGAGACCAAUUUUCCGACCGUGGUGGCGAAAUGGACGGCGGCGGCGGGAUGAUGGGAAACGUUUACGAAGUGGAACACUUGGCCACGUUCCAACUAUCGGAAGAGCUAAACGCACCCUCUGACGGAAUGCGGAGGUUGUUGCACAUGGAAAAGAACGGCUUUGGAAUUUGGAGUCAGAAAAUGCGUGUCCGCCUCGAACGGAACUUUAUCGUAAUUCUAGAUUUCGAAAAUGGGGAUGAGAUGGAGCGCUUCCCUCUCCCCAUGAUUCGUGAGCCUACAGCUUUCACCAACUCAAAUCCGGGCGAGUUAUACAACAAUAUUUUCGCCUUUAUUGUCCACCCCGUGGAAAUGCACAUUUUCCAGUGCUUCAACAUAUCCGCGGCAGAUUUGGUGGAGGAUGUCAAGUUGGCUUUGGCCGGUCGAGUGCCUCCUUCUCGGACGCGACACACGAGUCAGAACAGUCUGCCCCCACCCCCGGUGGCACCACCUCCAGAACCACCACAUUUCAAGUCCCCCGUCGAGGACUCGCGAGAUGACACGUCCUCCAUUGAAAGCGAGGGUCAGUAUGAACGCGAGGUUGCAAUUCUCAACCGCUGUUUCGACGACAUUGAGCGCUUCAUUGCCCGACUUCAGUACGCGGCCGCGGCGUACAGAGAACUUCAGCGGAGGCGAAAGUCGAAAAAGAGUAAGAAGAAGGAUCACGGGGAAGGUCUCCUCUCCAUGCGGGCCAGACCACCACAUGAACGCGAGUUUGUCGACAUUCUUCAAAAAUUCAAGCUUUCCUUCAACCUUUUGGCCCGUUUAAAAGCCCACAUUCACGACCCAAACUCCCCCGAGUUGGUCCACUUCCUCUUUACGCCGUUAGCUUUGAUCGUUGACGCUUCGAGGGACGCUCACGCGCCUGGUCUGGCGUCCAGAGUGGUGUCCCCCCUCCUCUCCAGAGAAGCCGUCGAUCUGCUGACGAACUGUCUCACCUCCAAGGAAACCGAACUUUGGCAUUCGCUCGGAGAUGCAUGGCACUUGGCGAGAGAACAAUGGAAGGGAUAUGUGGCCCCGUACCAGCCCGUCUUUAUGGAUGGGUGGUCGCCCACGAUUCGAGACCCAAGUUCGUCCUCCGCAAUUGGCGUGGUUGCUGCGGAAGCUGCGAUGAGACGUCUUCAAGCCCAGCAGGAGGCUGGUUACUUGCAACAGCAGCAGCAGCAAAGAAACGCGGCGGCCGCUGCGGCUGCAGCGGCGGCGGAACGACAAGGGUCCGUUUCUCCGGUGGAAAUGCCAGGAGAUGAUUUUGGAGCUGGUCAGCGUGCUUUCUUGGACUCUAUUCGGUCCCGUGGAGGAAGAAUGGUCGUCGUGACGCAUCCCAGGACAAAGAACAAUCACAAGGAACUCACCGUCGUCAGGGGCGAGUAUCUUGAGGUGCUGGACGACACGAAAAAGUGGUGGAAAGCUAGAAAUUGGAAGAAUGAGAUGGGAUACGUCCCUCACACGAUUGUUUCUCCGUUGAGCGAAUAUCCACAACAGGACUAUCCUGACAACGGAAGAUCAGGUCGGUGGUCCUCACCCAGCUCGACAAUCAGCUCGGAUGACGACUUUAACUACAGCAUGGACAAGUCGCCACCACCCCCACCGCCGCAACCAUCCGGACGCAACGCUCUCCCGGCCCAGUCACCCAACAAGAAGAAACCUCGGGAUGACGAUCUGAUGCAGCAAGAGUUGAAGAACGUGCUCACCCUCUUCCGAGAAAAGAGGAAGAUUGAGAUCCAGAAGACUCCCGAAGUCUUCAUCAACCAGCACUCGAGCGUGGAUGAGGUCCAGGAAUGGUUGAAGGUGAAGGGGUUCUCGGAACGGAUAAGGAAACAGUUGUCCAAUAUGAAUGGGAAUGAGCUGUUCAGUUUGAAGAAGGCACAACUUGAGGCGUACUGUGGAAAAGAUGAGGGUCGCAGGUUGGAUUCGCAAAUCACGAUUUCCAGAAUAUCUACAGGGUUCAAAACGACUCGAUCGUCGGAAUUGAGAGCAAUUCUGGCCAAAGCACGUGCUAAAGUGGAAUUGGGCAGUUUUGACGUGAAGACCACGUCUCCCUCGCCGGAACCCGUGUACACGCCACCAAAUAAGUAUGGGAGUCGGAACGGUAGUUCCUCAAACUCCAACCCGACCAGCCCCACACCGAAACCGAUGGGCAUGAUGAACAAUAACAACAAUAAGAGUCCGGCGAGUAAAUUUAAGCCAAAAUCGAGAUAUGACGAUGACUCGGAUGACGCGCCGGUCAUCAAUUUUGGACUGUCGGAUGAGUCAGACGACGAGUCGGAUGACGGCAGGACCAAUGAUAAGGGAACUUUGGGGAACAUGUUGAAAAAGAGGAGGGGCGAAAUUUUAAGGAAAUAGAGGCAAUUAUUAGGUCAAAGUUGAUACACAAAUUUACUUUAUUCAACUUAUGAAGCUUAUGCUAAAAAUUUUCAGGAUUUUAGACUUGCUUGAAAUACGUAAUUAUGUAAUUUUACAGUAAAUACACGUAAUUAUUAAUGGAUGGUCUAGAAAUUACAACGAAUUGACAAGGUGCGAAGUUAAGUUUUAUGCAACUCUGAAAUUGAUUAUAUGAAAUUUUAUUGAAUAAAUAUAUUAUUACAUGACAA